AGAGGUUUGCUGAUAGAGAGAUGUCCGACGACGAGGCCCCGCAUUCCAAACCAGUAGAUGACGCGCCAAAUACUGCAGAAAAGAAGCAGGGCAUGGCGGCUCUGUUUCACGGAGUGGAAAAAUCGGCGGCCGAAAUCGAGAGCGAUGAAAUCCGGAGAGAAAAGUCGCGCGUUGCAGCAGCUUCCAUAGCAGCCGAUGUGCGGGAGCGUAUCGCUGGGUCUGGGCUCGCUCUUACAACAGGAAAAGGAAAGAGUGUGGUGGAAGAGCAGGAAGCAGUUACCAAGCAAGAAAUUGAUCAAAAGCCCUCCGGCUUUAGGACUGAUAUCGUUGAUCACCGUCUCAGUCUAGCUAGUCUUGCCGACAAAUAUUCCACGACAAUUAAUUCUCGGAACCCAUUGAAAUCGCAAGGGCUUUCACCAAGAGAUAUUGUUGAGCGAGCGAAGCGACAUGGACCAAAUGCACUUACACCGCCCCGUCGUACUCCUUGGUACUGGAAGUUCUUGCAAUGUUUGGGCAAUCUUUUCAAUGUGCUUCUCGGUGCGGCAGGAACCGGAUAUUUGAUAACUUACGCAAUCAAUCAAGUGGACUACUUUGAAAAUGCAUAUAUCGGAUGCAUCCUAAUUAGUGUCGCGUUUAUUAACGCAGGUAUCGAAUUUUAUGAACUUCAGAAAAUCGCUGCAAUCUUGGGGUCGUUCACAAAUCUCAUUCCCGCGCAAGCGGAGGUGAUAAGAUCUGGACAACUGAAAACUGUACUAGCACAAGAGAUAGUCCCUGGAGAUAUUGCAGUGAUUCGUGCCGGCGCUAAAGUGCCCGCAGAUAUGGUGUUAUUUAAUAGCACUGAUUGCAAGGUAGACAUGUCCAGUCUGACUGGAGAAAGCGAUCCACUAGGUCGGACUGCUUUGGAGAAUGGGGCUCCACCUGAUGUCGAAGCGAUUGACGCUCCCAAUGUGGUGUUCAACGGAAGUGUUAUCGUGUCCGGCGAAGCUUAUGGAAUUGUCAUUGGGACAGGAGAUGCAACAGUUCUGGGAAAGAUUGCCGAGCUUACCAAGGCCGAAAAAAAGCGCCGUUCGCCUCUCUCCUCAGAGAUACACCGCUUUUGUCAUACAAUAUCAGUGCUUGCCACUAUCACCGCUUUGAUAUUCUUUUUAUUUGCGGUCGCUCGCGGGCGUAACUUUAACUACGCAUUAACGUUCGGGAUCGGAAUUCUCGUUGCGUGGAUUCCUCAAGGGCUAGCGGUCACUGUCACGAUGUUAUUGACGAUCGCAGGAAGACGCAUGGCGGAACGGAGCGUUCUGGUAAAGGAUCUUCACGGGGUUGAAACGCUCGGUGCUGUUACGAUGCUCGCUACAGAUAAAACCGGAACUCUGACGAAGAAUGAAAUGACAGUUGUUAACUUGUACACUAGCGGUGUUGUGUGGUUCGCGGGACCUGGAGGCCCGAAUGAGUGUCCGGUGGGAGAAAGGCCUUUGAAAAUGGAUGGAAGUGGUAUUCCCCAGAUACUUCACAUGAGUGCUACAUGCACCAGAGCCCGCUUUGAUCGAACGGAUGUUCCGUUGGAGCAAAGAGUUGCAUUGGGCGAUGCAACAGAAGCAGGGCUUUUACGAUGGGCUGGAUCCAGGCUGAUGAACAUAGAUAAGCUUCCAGUGUUGUACCCCAAAGUAUUUGAAGUUCCCUUUACCUCUGAUACCAAAUGCCACAUCUCCAUUCAUCGGAAGGGACACUUGACGGGCGGGCUUACCCUUCAUAUGAAGGGCGCACCGGAAGUUGUUUGGAAGCGCUGUAGCACCGUGUGGAUUGAUGGAAAAGCGGUCCCCAUAGCUGAAACUGAUGAAAAACGGUUUGUAGAUGCGCAUGCAAAAAUGUGCGCAAAAGGACAUAGAGUGUUGGCAUUCGCGAUGCUGCAGCUCCACGGGAAGAAGUAUCCCGAUAACUGGAAAUUCGACAAGGAAAAGAAUAACUUUCCCACUACAGAUCUGACAUUUGUCGGGCUUGUUUCUCUAGAAGAUCCACCCAAAACUGGCGUACGCCAGGCGAUUGGGAAAGUACGUGGUGCGGGGAUAAAGGUAGUUAUGGUUACUGGCGAUCACCCGUUAACAGCAGAAAGCGUUGGAAGAUCCAUCAACCUUGUCACUUCUCUGUCUCCCACGCGGCUCUCGUAUCACGACGACCUUCCUGUUGCACGUCCUAUCCGAGAUCGGGACAACACUUCGUGCGUCAUUCUAAGUGGGUCGGUUCUCCCACAUUUGACUGAUAGCGACUGGCUACACAUACUUCUUCACGAUGAGGUAGUCUUCGCUAGAACCUCCCCAGCACAAAAAUUAGACAUCGUAACUCGAGCACAAGCCCUAGGGCAUAUUGUUGGCGUGACAGGGGAUGGUGUGAACGACGCUGCCGCGCUUAAGAAAGCAGAUCUCGGAAUAGCCAUGAAUAAGACUGGAAGUGAUGUAAGCAAGGAGGCAGCUGGAAUGGUGCUACUGGAUGACGAUUUUGCAACCAUUGUGAAAGGUAUAUUAGAAGGGCGCCUCAUAUUUUGGAAUCUGAAAAAGGCCAUUAAAUACUCACUGACACAUAUCAUGGCGGAAGUGAUUCCCUACCUUCUUUUUGUUCUUGUACCGAUCCCGCAGUGCCUUACGUCAAUUCAAAUUCUUGCGGUAGAUUUGGGAUUCGAACUAUUUAUCACGCUAUCUUUUGCUUUCGAACCACCAGAAGAUGAAGAGUUGAUCAUGAAGAUGCCGCCUCGUCGACCUGUUACAGAAGAAAGCAUAAUGGCUGUAAUGCAUGCGCGACGACUGCGUCGAGACGCAAAGCGGAGAGCUAUGGACGAAGAAAUUGCAGCGGAGGCAGGCGAGGCUGGUUUAUCAAGAGAAAAUGAGAAUGCGGAGGACGAUGGGGGAGUACGAUCAGAUUCCCACGAAGGGAUCCCUUUGGGAGUUGCCACGUACACCGAUUCCCAUAUGCUAAUGGCCAGGCUGGUAGAUGAAGACGCAGAGUUGCUCAUGGAAGAUAUUCGACAACAGAAUGUGGUUGGCGCAGAAGCCGCAGAAGCAGCAGCUGCUCGAAUCCGAUCUCGGUACGAGAAAUUGUGGUUUGAGGUCCGGGCAGUACUCACGCAACCCGGAUACUGGAGGGCGCAGUAUCGUGCAUGGCGAGAGCUCACCCAGGGGUUUAUCGUUGGAGAGAGGUUGGUAGAUGGAGAUGUGAUGAUGUGGGCAUACCUGGAGGGCGGCGUUAUUGAAUGUUGCGGUGGCCUCGCGACAUUCUUCGCUGUGCUCUGGUUCUCAUUCGGCAUAUCAGGAGCGGAUGCGGUACGUGCACAAAAAGGCAGACGCUACUUCCUACCGCAUAGCCCUCCACUCGAGUUGGGCAAUGGGUCUUAUGUGCUGGGUGAUGCACAAUUCGAAGCACUCAAGCAAGCACAAAGCGGUUUCUACCUCUCAGUAUUGAUUAUUCAAGUGUGGAACCUGUUCGCUUGCAAAGCUCGUUUGAGACUACCCUUCGGGAAGUUUAUGGUCGAAAAUCCAAAGACGUGGUAUGCGCUCCUUGCCGGUUGUGCGGUUGGUUUUUUCAUUGUUUACACUCCUUUAAUGAAUGCGCUUUUCUUCACGUCAAUGAACGUCGAUCCUAUUUUUCUACUCGUUCCCAUGAGUUUCGGCGGAUUCCUUUUGUUAUACUCCAUUUUUCGAAGAUUGGUAUUACAAAGAGUUAAUCCUGAUGAAAGAAGUGCAAGUGUUGAAGGGUUGAACAUGGCUCCGUCAAACUGGUCUCUCAGCGAUCGGAGCAAAGCAUCAACAUCUGGACACAGGAGGGGUUUAUUGAGUGGUCUCCGAAUAGGCAAGAUUGUAACUACUGAUAGCUAGCUGAGCACAUCCGCAAGCACCAGCUAGAAGAUCAUCGUUCGCGUGUGGUGAAAAGUGUCGUUUUGACAGUGUGUUUACGGAA